AUGCUCCUCCAACUGAAACAUGGAGCUGAAAUUGGGUCUCUGUUUGACGCAAAGUACGUCACUGUAGUUGCGCUCAUUGUCGUCUUAUUCUUAUACAUAAGUUCGUUGGCGGCUGUUAAUAUACUCCAAGCUCACAUUACUUCAGAUUUGGGUGAAUUCAUGAAUAAGAUUAGCCUCUUAUCUGAAAUUCUUGCCUCCAUCUUAUUCAAGGGCGGAUUUACACUUGGGUUGGAGUGGGCUCCAGCCCAGUGCUGA